AUGAAAUUAAUUUUAUUAUUACUCUCAAUUAUUUUUGUUUCCGUUGCUAAAGCUAGUAUUACUGUCAAAUAUGGAACAUGUCUUGGAGUAUGCUAUUGCCCUGCAAAAUACAUUGAAAAUGGAAAGUACAAGGAUUUAGAUGAAGUUACUAUCCCAGAUUAUCCAAAUUAUUUAAAUCUAAAUAUGUAUUUAAAUGUCACCUAUAAACCAUCUAAAAAAGUAAUUGAAUUUGUUAAAAUUCAUGACAAAACUCCAUAUCACACAGAGUUAGCAUAUCCAAUUGACGAAGAUGAUAACAGCUAUAAUGUUACUCAAUGUGCCUACAUUUUAUCAUCUAGAUUCCACUCAACUCGGGAAGAAACAUGCUAUUACGAAUUUAUGUGCAAUGCUGAUGGCUCUUCAUCAUCAUCAAAGUUGCAAUUUUUAACCGAUACAAGUAUUCAAAUGAUUGGUAUGUACACUCUCAUGGCCAGUUCUCAUCUUCUCUAUAUUACUGAUUUAGUUUUAAAUGGUGAUUGGAAGCAUAUAAUUUAA